AAAAUAGUCUGUGAACGUGGAAGUCCCGGCAAACUGUCCCAACGGGGGACGGGAUCAACCCCCUGUGGAAGGAAGGACAGCCAUUUGGGGACUGAUUUUGGGGGGAUGGCAACACGCCCCUGCCCUACACCCCCCUUUGGACACAGGUGGAGAGCGAUCCAAAGCAAUCCAAAAGAAAUCUUACUUCUUUCCUUAAGCCAUUACAGAUCAGGGAAAGCUCUGCUUCCCAGCACAGGAUGCAGCAAAGCUUCACCCUUCUGCACAGGGACCUUUUUGGGAGCACAGUACUGUCACCAUUGGUGCCCCACUGCUGCACUGACACUGCAUCAGCACUGUCCCCACAGAGCACACACCGUGUUACUGACCGUUCACCAGGGAUGGAUUCUGCCCCCAUUGCUCCUCCUGGGGCAGCCCCAGGAAGAACCCAAAAAGGGCUCUUCCUGCCCUGGGCCAUGCAAAGCUCCUUUCCCACGGCUGAGCUGAAGGCAUGGAGAUUUGCUGACAUCCAUCCCCCACUGUGGCCAUUCAACUAAGGGAAAAAAUAGAGAAAAAAUAGCACAGCCCUGUGCUCUUCCCAGCAGGGAGGGCAGCCACGUGCAGCCCGCCCUGUGAUGCCCAUAGCUUGUGGUGGGAAAUGAGAAGGAGGAUGCCCCAACGUGCCAGCAGCCCCACAGCGACCAGGGAACCUCGCUGUGCUUUGGGACAGAGCCUGUGGAAGGGGCACGCUGCCCGGGGGCCGAUCACGAGCCGGGCUAUCUUUAGCUGAAAGGAUUUAGGUUACAGCGAGCAGCCGCCGGGACGCAGGGCAGACACCCGAGGGUGGGCACAGCGAGGAGGGGCUGCCCCAGAGCCGGGCAGGAUGAGCCCGGAGGAUGAAGCUGCUCGGGCAGGGCCCUCGGGAAGGGUGCGGAUCCGUGUGGAGGAGCAGUGCUUCUCGGUGGAGAAGGCACUGCUGGUGGAGAGCAGCGAGUACUUCCGUGCCCUGUUCCGCUCGGGCAUGAGGGAGAGCACGCAGGAGGAGAUCGGGCUGGGCGGGCUGAGCGCUGCUGGAUUCCUGGCCAUGCUGCGCGUGCUGGCGGGUGAGCGGCCCGCGCUGGGCGGCGAGGAGACCUUCCAGGCGGUGGAGUGCGCGGCCUUCCUGCAGGUGAAGCCCUUGGCCAAGUACCUCAUCCACUCCAUCGACUCCGACAACUGCCUCCUGCUGUACCACGCCGCCGCUGUGUUCGGCCUCCUGGACCUCUUCCACUGUGCUGCGCUCUACAUCCGGGACAGCUACGCCGAGCUGGAGGAGCACCUGGGCUGCCUGCCCGCCGACCUGCUGGCCUACGUGCAGGCCCUGCUGCCCAGCACCUUCGUGGCGGUGGGAGCCCACACGCCCACCUUUGAGUUCCUGGAGGACCUCUCCAGGACCAUCUGCUACCUGGACGAGGAGAGCAACACGUGGAGGACGCUCUCCUGCCUGCCGCUGAGCGCCAGCACGUUCCUAGCCGGCAUGGCGACCAUGGACAACAAGAUUUACAUUGUGGGCGGCGUCUACGGGGCCAGCAAGCAGGUGGUGGAGAGCAGCUUCUGCUACGAUGCCGACACCGACGCCUGGAGCGAGUUCCCCAGCCCACACCAGCUGCGCUACGACGUCCGGUUGGUGGGCCACGAGGGCUGCCUUUAUGCUAUUGGCGGGGAGUACGAGAAGAUCUCGCUCAAGUCUGUGGAGAGAUACGACGUGGCCUCCAACACUUGGACGUUUGUCUCCGAUCUGCCGCAGCCAAGCUCGGCUGCACCCUGCGCCCAGGCCAUGGGGCAGAUCUUCGUCUGCUUGUGGAAGCCAUUGGACACCACCGUCAUCUACGAGUAUGAGAGCCAGCAGGACGCGUGGCUUCCCGUCACCGAGCUCAAGCGGCACCAGAGCUACGGGCACUGCAUGGUGGCCCACCGUGACAACCUCUACGUCAUGCGCAACGGCCCCGGAGACGACUUCUUGCGCUGCGUCAUCGACUGCUUCAACCUGAGGUCACGGCAGUGGACGGCUCUGCCCGGCCAGUUCAUGAACAGCAAAGGAGCUCUCUUCACCGCCACCAUCAAGGGUGACACGGUGUACACUGUCAACAAGAUGCUGACGCAGCUCUACUCGGUGGAGGAGGAGGCCUGGAGGGUCAAGAAGGAGCGGGCGGGCUUCCCGCGCAGCGGCUCCCUGCAGACCUUCCUGCUGCGGCUGCCCCGGCGCAAUCACGACAUCGCCACGUAGCCGUCCCCAUCCCACCUUGGGGUGCUCUCCUUGCAUAUGGCCUCAGCUCUGUGCACAACUCCCCUGGGCUCCUCUCCUCUCCUCCUCUUGCCAAGGAUACUCCACGUUGGACCCAGAGGUGACAAGGCACCCUGCGAUAGGGGAAGGGGCGACAGGAACUGCUGGCACAGCAGCCUCGUGCAAAGUGCCACGAUGGGCGAGCCCACGGCACACAGAGCUUUGUGGCUUCUGCAGAGAACAGGUUCUGGAGAGAUGCAGACAUAUUUAUUUGGACUGCACACUGAAGGUGUGCAGCAUAAAACCUGCUCUUUGCUCUAAUGGUUCCUUAUAUCCUGGAAUUAAAAGGAAAGCUGUAGAAAGCCCUGUGUCGUUACUCUUCUCUUGUGUUCUUUUCUCCUCCUGAAGGAAAAUAUCUCCUAACAGAGGACCCACAUCAAGACCCGUUCCUGCCUGCUGAGUGUUUUCAGCUGCAGCAGUGCUCAGAGCUGCUCACAAAGUUCCCAGGCAGUCCUGAGCUCCCCGGGGAGACAUCGCCUGGGAUGAGGGAACAAAGGGACACAGGAGGGGGGUGGAGGGCAAAGACCAUGAGGAGUUUAUCUCCAAAAACCCACACAGGAGAAAGCUGUCCAGAGUGAGCAGGUUCCUCCCUGGGAACCAUCCAUCAUGCCCACGGUGCAAUAGACAGCCACCAUCUCCUCCAAGCCUGCCUGCCAGCUCCCAACAGACCCAAAUGCUCUCAUUUGAUCCAGAGGAUAUUUUUAGGAGAUGGCAAACUCGCAAAAAUGAAAGGAGAGGAGAGAGCAUCAGCAGGGCUGCACUCAGACUGUGCAGAUGCCAGGCUACCAGGUCUCCUUUGUCAACGGAGCUCUGCAGCC